GCCGCGCUUACGUCAUAACUAUGCGACACAGUCAUCUUGCAGCAUGGCUAGAGUUGUGUUUCUCCGUUGAUAUUCAGAGAUUUGUACUGUUUUGAAAUGGCACCUGUAAAUCCACAUUUUAAAGGCAAACCUUCAUUUAAAGGUAGAAACACGAAAAGGAAUUAUGCAGAUAGUCAUCCAUCAGCUGUUAAUAAAAAGAAGAAAACAUGGAAUCCAGAGAACAAGUUUUUCCAGGGCAGUUUACAGGAAGGUAAGGGCUUUGCCUUCCAGAGGAAGCAAAAAGUACAACAAGAAUACAAGAAACUUCUGCGAAAGGAGAAAUGGAGAAUGAAGGAUUCCAAGCCAAAGCUAGAAGAGGAAUACCCCGAACAUCUGAGGCACCUCUACAUGGCCGAACAGCAGAGACUGGACAAAGAAGAGCAACUGAACAGGGAUCGCAGGAGGAAAGGAAGAAGCGCUGAUGCAGGAGAAGAAGAUGACUCUGUCCUUUCUAGCUCUGUCAUAAGGACUUCUGAGACAGGAAGCCCUGAGAAAUCAGCUGCCUCAUUGAAUGAAGCACCACAGACAUCACAGAUUGAAAGGAGUUCUGAUCAGGACCAAAGGAAAAAGAAAUGGAAGAAAAUGUCUUCCAACCAGAAGAUGAUGGAGGAGUAUAAAAGGAAAAAAGAGGAGCGAGAACGGAAAAGAGAGGAAUACUUGAAAGACAAAGCACAGAGAGAGGAGGCUCUGAAGAGGUACAAGGAAAAGAAAAUGGCCACAUAUCAGUUGCUAAAGAAGAAGACCAAAAAGGGUCAACCCAACCUGAAUUUGCAGAUGGAGCUGCUGCUUCAGAAAAUCCAGGCUCAGCGAAAAUAACCAGCAUGCCUGCAACCGGUUGUUUAAAGUCCUAAAGUGUGAUUUAUGAAUCUUGCAAACAGUGAGAGAGGCGUGGAAAUGUGUUUAUGCUACACAGAAACUGCAGCAGACUAAUAUAUACGUCUCCAUGACUCAUGUCUGUGAUGGAUAUGAGUCAGCAAAUGGUGCUGUGCUGUGUGUUUAUGAACUGGUUAAUGCAGUUGGGAUAAAAUGUGGAUUUGUGUGAUUUUAAAAAUUUUACAGACACCUAUUCUUUUUAAGUUUAUUAUAAUUUAAUGAUCUCAGAUUUAAUGAGACCAAACUCUAAUGUAAAUGGAGGCUGUUUGUGCCCUACUUAUCUUUUUGGAAAUAAAACUACACUUCAUACA